GACACGAGAUAAAUCGCAAACUAAUGCACUUCUCUGCGAAAAAAAGAAAACAUUUCGCGAGCAUAAUUCACUGAGUGCUGUAUUCGUUGCGACUUUUUUUAAAAAACUGAAGAAGAUUUGUCUUUGCUAGUGAAUAAAGGUAUGUAAAGAAGUGUUUUUUCAUAACUAGUGAUACGUACCUACCUAUUUGAAAAAUUGAAUUUGUUUUUGAAUCAUAAAAUUUCGCUCCCGAGCAUUGGUACAAAUAAUUUAAAAAAUCGAGAUGUCAGCUGAAGAACCAUUUUGUGAAACCACAUUAGCAGAUGCUCAUUAUUAUUACUUGUACAAUAUUCAAGGAUAUAUAGAGACACCAAUAUGCAUAAUCGGUGUCAUCUUCAACAUAUUCAACAUACUGGUGUUCACAAGAAGGAAUAUGAUUUCACCGGUGAACUUGAUAUUCACUCAUUUGGCAUUUGCGGAUUUAUCUAUGUUAUUAGCGUACAUUCUUCACGUAUGGGUAACGGUUGUCGCAUAUUACAGAAAUGAAUCUUACAAAGCAUCUACUUACACCGCCGCAGCACUUUAUUUGCGCAGCAAAGAAUUGAUCAACAUUUCUCACCACGUAUCAGUGUGUCUUAUAAUGAUGCUGGCAAUAUGGAAAUACAUAGCUGUAUUCUCUCCAUCGAAGGAACGCCAAUGGUGCAAUAUGAAAACAACCCGCAAUACAGUUAUGGCGGUUUACAUUGCAUGUGUUUUGCUUGCUAUACCGUUGCAUUUAUCACAUCAUGUGGUAACGUAUAGCCUGGAUAAGGCGGGUACGGAAUAUAUUCAUGUGCCCUUUGAUGAAGUCGAUCCGAUCGCAGUUGAAAUCUCGAUGAUCAUCAGAGGACUAUUGUUCGAUUUAUUGCCAUCAGUAGUACUAGGAAUAUCAAGUGUUAGAUUGUUUGUUGUUCUGCGGAUGAAAAAAGAACACCCAAAUCUCUCUUCAAAUGUUGAAAACCGCACAGACAAUGUCGAAACGAAGCAACAAAUCAAAGGAUCAGUAAUUAUAUUGAUAAUAAUAGUGACAUUAUGUUUGAGUUUUGUCAUUCCAUUAGGAUUACUCGAUUUAUUAUACGUAGUUUUAACACGAGAUAAAUACUCCAUUUAUAGGCCAUGCACUAAUAGUUUAUUAGGUAUACUCAGUAUUUUGAAUUGCUUUAAUAAGUGUGUCACAUUUGUCGUAUAUUACACCAUGGAUCAAGAUUUCAGAGCCACAUUCAAAUCUUUGUUCGAAAAAUGCAAUAUUUUCAUUGGGAAACAAAACUACUUUGUUUUGAAUAAUAUGAGAAGAAAUGAUGAAAGCUCAGAAACUAAUGGAGUUUAGCAAAAUUAGACAACUUUGGAAAAACAACCUUUAUGGUAAAAUGAAGACGGAAAUUUGAACUUUUGACGCAUGUUUGAGAAAAAAUUAGCUCACAUUUACCUACGUCCUACACCUACAUUAUUCCUAUUUUCUAUAAAAGUACUGUGUUAGAUUAAGCAAGAUUGAUUAUUAUACAUAACUAUGUACUCGUAUUUAUCAUGCAAGAAUUAUCGAAUUACAGAAAAAAUCCCCAA